UGAUAAUCCAACACCGGAUUCAACACAAUUACACAACCCAACCCAACCCGACCGUCCACUUCGGGUUCUCAUCCUCCCUCAGCUCAAAUCCAUCUCCGGUAUCUCUCUGUACUUAAAUUUCCAUCUCAGUACUUUUUCCCUUGGCUGUGGUAAAUCAGGUAAAAUCUUUGAUCAAAUCCAUCGCAAUUUUUCCUUCAAUUUUUGUGUUAAUCAUUUCAGUUUUGAUCUGUCAUUGUUACUGAGAUAAUUUAGGUCUUUGAAUUAAAAUUAAUUUUCCCACUUGUAAAAUCUGCAUAUUUAGUGAUAAAUUCAAGGGGUUUAAUCUCCCCAAAACAAAAUAAAAUUAGAAGCAUUAUUAUGGAUGGUAACAAGGAUGAAGCUGUAAGAUGCAUUGGAAUUGCUGAACAAGCAAUUGCAUCAAGAAAUAAAGAGAAAGCAUUAAAAUUUAUUAAGAUUGCUCAACGUUUAAACCGCGAUUUAUCCGUUGAUGAUCUUUUAACUGCUUGUGAGAACCUCGGUUUUUCGGGGUCGAACUCGAAUCAAUCUUUUCCUGAAAAAUGUGUUGUCGGUGGUAAUGCCGAUGAGAACAAGUCUAGUCGCGGUAAAAUUGACGGUGGUAUGAAAGGUGAGCGGAAUUAUACGGAAGAACACGUGGAAUUGAUUAGGCGAGUUAAUAGGAAUAAGGAUUAUUAUGCUGUUCUUGGUGUUGAAAAGAGUUGUUCUGUUGAGGAGAUUAGGAAGGCUUAUCGGAAAUUGUCGUUGAAAGUUCACCCUGAUAAGAACAAGGCGCCGGGAUCUGAGGACGCGUUCAAGAAAGUCUGCAAGGCGUUUAAGUGUUUGAGUGAGGAUAGUUCGAGGAGGGAGUAUGAUCAAAGUGGUUUAGUUGAUGAAUUCGAGUAUAACCAGCAGCAUAAUGUUAGGCGGGCAAGGAGGAGAAGAAAUGUGCAUGAUUUCUAUGAUGAUGAUUUUGAUCCGGAUGUGAUAUUUAGGUCAUUUUUUGGUCAGACUGAAAUGUUUAGGGCACAUCAUGUUUAUAGGACUAGAGCAACUGGUGAGCGUGAUCAUCAGCGAGAGGUGUUUAAUGGAGGAGGUUCGAAUUUGCUUCUUCUUUUACAGAUAGUGCCUUUCUUGUUGAUUUUCUUACUUGCUUAUCUGCCAUUUUCGGAGCCUGUUUAUUCGCUGCAUAAGAAUUAUUCCCAUCAGAUUCCCCAAACAACUGAGAAACAUGGUGUAGAAUUUUUUGUUAAAUCAUCAGCUUUUGACGAAAACUAUCCUAUUGGAAGUACUGAACGAGCCAACAUUGAGGACACUGUGAUCAAGGAUUAUAGAAAUGUACUUUGGCGUCAUUGUCAGAUGGAAAUGCAGAGACGACACUGGAACAAGCAUAUGCCUACUCCUCACUGUGAUAGGCUACGUGAUCUCGGGUUAGCAUGAGGGCCAGCCAGUUGUGAUUUUGGCGGAAUAGGGAACACAGUGGGGAUAGGGAAGCUUCUUUUAUAUAUGUUUGUUGAUGAGCCUAGCCAGGAUAUCGUGGACUGGCUACAAGCCAGAUGGUGUGGAUUGGAGUUCUAAAGAUUUAGUUUAUCAUUUAGCUUCAUGAAGGGAUUUUUUGCCAUGAACCAUCUGCAAAGUGAGCCUAGGUAUAUAGCUUUGGGGCCAACAACAUCCCCAUCAUGCCGCCAACAGCAGUUCAGGUAUCAUAAAUAUGCGCAGUUUGUAUAUGGCUCGGUGAAUGUGUGCACUUGAGGAUGAAGAUGAAGAUUCAGUGGAUGAAAUUGUUAGUUCAUGCCUUGAAUCAAACUAUCAUGGAGGUCAUUUCGUUGAACCUUGGAUUAAUUGUAGUUCUAUCAAGUUUCGUACUUAAUAUGGUUGUUGCCUCGAUACCAAGUUGCAUCUUUAGGUUUGCAUCAUUGACCUCGUACUUUCUGUUCGGUUCGGUUCCUAUAUUGUGGUAAACCAAUAUUCUUAAUCACAUCUCAUUCAAAUUUACAUAUAA